GCCCCCGCAGCCCUUGUCGUCGCCGCCGAGCGCCCCGGAAGCAGGCGGGGAAGCGGAAGCGGUCCGCGGCGGCCCCCCGCAGCUUGUCCCGGAGCCCCGUGGGAGGGAGGAGGCGCCUCGGAGGAGCGCGGCGUCGGCGGCGCCAUGUCCCUCAUCUGCUCCAUCUCCAAUGAAGUGCCAGAGCACCCGUGUGUGUCCCCGGUGUCCAAUCAUGUGUACGAGCGGCGCCUCAUCGAGAAGUACAUCGCUGAGAACGGCACAGACCCCAUCAACAACCAGCCUCUGUCCGAGGAGCAGCUCAUCGACAUCAAAGUUGCUCAUCCGAUCAGGCCCAAGCCACCCUCAGCCACCAGCAUCCCGGCCAUUCUGAAGGCUCUGCAGGAUGAGUGGGACGCUGUCAUGCUGCACAGCUUCACCCUGCGCCAGCAGCUGCAGACCACGCGCCAGGAACUGUCACAUGCGCUCUACCAGCACGAUGCUGCCUGCCGUGUCAUUGCCCGUCUGACCAAGGAGGUCACGGCUGCUCGAGAAGCUCUGGCCACCCUGAAACCCCAGGCUGGUCUCAUCGUGCCCCAGGCUGUGCCCAGCUCCCAGCCAAAUGUCGUGGGUGCGGGUGAGCCCAUGGAUUUGGGCGAGCUGGUAGGAAUGACUCCCGAGAUCAUCCAGAAACUUCAAGACAAGGCCACCGUGCUAACUACAGAGCGGAAGAAGAGAGGGAAGACUGUGCCUGAGGAGCUGGUGAAGCCGGAAGAACUCAGCAAGUACCGGCAAGUGGCCUCCCACGUGGGUUUGCACAGUGCCAGCAUCCCUGGAAUCCUUGCCCUGGACCUCUGUCCCUCGGACACCAACAAGAUCCUCACCGGUGGGGCGGAUAAGAACGUCGUUGUCUUCGACAAGAGUUCUGAGCAGAUCCUGGCCACGCUCAAAGGCCACACCAAGAAAGUCACCAGUGUGGUGUUUCAUCCUUCCCAGGAGCUGGUAUUUUCUGCCUCCCCAGAUGCGACUAUCAGGAUCUGGUCAGUUCCGAAUGCCUCCUGUGUUCAGGUUGUGCGGGCGCAUGAGAGUGCCGUGACAGGCCUCAGCCUCCAUGCCACUGGGGAUUAUCUCCUGAGCUCCUCUGAUGACCAGUAUUGGGCCUUCUCGGACAUCCAGACUGGGCGUGUACUCACCAAGGUGACGGACGAGACCUCUGGCUGUUCGCUCACCUGUGCGCAGUUCCACCCCGACGGGCUCAUCUUUGGAACAGGCACCAUGGAUUCUCAGAUCAAGAUCUGGGACUUGAAGGAACGCACCAAUGUGGCCAACUUCCCCGGCCACUCGGGCCCUAUCACCAGCAUUGCCUUCUCUGAGAAUGGUUACUACCUGGCCACGGCGGCUGACGACUCCUCUGUCAAGCUGUGGGAUCUGCGCAAGCUCAAGAACUUCAAGACUUUGCAGCUAGACAACAACUUUGAGGUGAAGUCCUUAAUCUUCGACCAGAGUGGUACCUACCUGGCCCUCGGAGGCACAGACGUCCAGAUCUACAUCUGCAAACAGUGGACAGAGAUUCUUCACUUCACAGAGCACAGCGGCUUGACCACAGGGGUGGCCUUUGGGCACCACGCCAAGUUCAUCGCGUCGACAGGCAUGGACAGGAGCCUCAAGUUCUACAGUCUGUAGGCCUGGCUCUGCCAUGCCAUGCCAGCCAGGCCUCAUCUCUAGUGGGUAGAGUAGGGUUGUGGUGGGGGGGGGGGAUAAAGGGGAGAAAUUACAGGGAGGCAGAGGGGUGGGGGGGACGACAAGCAUUUCAUUUCACUCUGGUCUGGAAGUGGCCCAAAAGCCGUGCGGCAUGGACCACCUUCAUUCCUGUGUCUUCCAAGCCCAAUGGGCAGACAGACACGGCUGGCUCGGGGCAGAUCCCAGGGCCUCUCCCGUGGGCCGCUGACACCCACCUUGUUUUGUUCCUGUUCUAGGAGAUGGGAGAGGCUGAGCCCCGGGAACUGUGAAGGGGAGGGACUCAAGGGCUCAGCGGGGUUUUUUGUAAGCAGUGAUCUAGUUUCAUUAAAAAAAGGAAACACGGAAA